GGCGUGGGGGUUGGCGGCGUCGGCCCGCUGUCUCGGCGUACGUGGUGUGCUCGCUGCCGGAGGUCAUGGCUGCGCUGGCGGCCCUUCUGUGUGGCGGCGCCCGUGGGCGCAGCCCCCUGCUCCGGAAGCUGAUGCGGGAAGUAAAAUACGUGGAGCGAAGUUAUGUAUCAAAACCCACUUUGAAUGAAGUGGUCAUAGUGAGCGCUGCAAGAACGCCCAUCGGGUCCUUUCUCGGCAGCCUCUCUGCCCUGCCAGCCACCAGGCUUGGUGCCCUAGCAAUUCAGGCGGCCAUCGAGAAGGCAGGGAUUCCGAAAGAAGAAGUGAAGGAAGCAUACAUGGGGAACGUUCUUCAAGGAGGUGAAGGUCAGGCCCCGGCGAGGCAAGCAGUCCUGGGCGCAGGCUUACCUGUUUCUACUCCGUGCACGACCGUAAACAAAGUCUGCGCCUCAGGCAUGAAGGCCAUCAUGAUGGCCUCCCAGAGCCUCAUGUGUGGACAUCAGGACGUGAUGGUGGCAGGCGGGAUGGAGAGCAUGUCCAACGUUCCCUAUGUGAUGAACCGAGGCGCUACACCGUACGGUGGCGUGAAGCUCGAAGAUCUGAUUGUGAAAGAUGGGCUCACUGAUGUCUACAAUAAGAUCCACAUGGGGAGCUGCGCUGAGAGCACGGCGCGGAGGCUGCACAUCACGCGCGAGGAGCAGGACGCCUACGCCGUGGGCUCCUACCGCCGGAGCCAGGCGGCCUGGGGCGGCGGGCGGUUCGCAGAUGAGGUGGUCCCCGUCACGAUUUCGGCGGAAGGUAAACCCGAUGUAGUUGUGAAAGAAGAUGAAGAGUACAGACGUGUUGACUUUAGCAAAGUUCCAAAGCUGAAGACAGUUUUCCAAAAAGAAAACGGCACGGUGACGGCUGCCAACGCCAGCACGCUGAACGACGGUGCGGCCGCGGUGGUUCUCAUGACCGCGGAGGCUGCCGGGAGGCUCGGCGUCAAGCCACUGGCACGAAUAGCAGCUUUUGCUGAUGCUGCUGUGGACCCUAUUGACUUUCCAAUUGCACCUGCACAUGCCGUGCCUAAGGUCCUUAAAGACGCAGGAUUAAAAAAAGAGGACAUCACAAUGUGGGAAGUAAACGAAGCCUUCAGUCUGGUGGUGCUGGCCAACAUGAAGAUGCUGGGGCUGGACCCCCAGACAGUGAACGUGAACGGAGGCGCCGUCUCCCUGGGGCAUCCGAUCGGGAUGUCUGGAGCCCGGAUUGUCGUUCACAUGGUUCACACCUUGAAGCCAGGGCAAUAUGGUCUCGCCAGUAUCUGCAAUGGAGGAGGAGGGGCCUCGGCCAUGCUGGUACAGAGGCUCUAGCCCCCCUGUGCCCCGAGCAGCAACCCGAGGGAGCAGCAACCCGAGGCGGCUGGAGGGGCCUGCCGCCCCCAGUGUGGCGGAACACCUCCGGUCAGGCUGCAACAAGAUCGUCUGUUUGGGUUAUUAUUUUGUUAACUUUUUUAAAUAACAAGGUCAGCUCUCAAGUCUUUUGAAAUUACAAAUAAAUUUUUUCUUGUGCUCUAAAUCUUGUAUAAUCUUUAA